UCGCCUUUCAUUGUGUGUCUCUUCAAGGCAUUUACAAUAGUCAUGAGAGACAAGUAUCCACAAAUAGGGUAAAUUAUGAGCUAGUUCUAACUUUUAAAGUGCCGUUUUGCAAGAGCUGAUAAGAGCUGUAAGUUAUCCUAUAGCCAUGAAGACUCAGUGCUUUUCAUCCUGCUGCUUCAAGGCUGGGAUGAUCCUUAGCUGAAAGGAUCUGAAAGAAGGUCCAAGUACAAGGAGCAUCAACAGCAGGCAGGUGUGAAGUGAGUUAAAGGGGAAAUGCAGUGCUAUUUCUAUAUUCUGGAAGUUAGAAUCAGCAUUGAGUACAUGUCAAACCACAAUCAAAGGGAGAUGCACAAAGUAACUUGUAAAACCUCCAAAUUACUGUACAUCACAAAAUAGACCAUUUCCAGGUAUGUGCAGAGCUGUGUUCUGCGAAUAUGUCUCUAAAUUAAAUAGAAAUACUGCUCUCAAUAAGUAUGUGUCGGCCUAAAACCCACCUACUUGUUAACUCGGCAUGCAGAUCGUGUUGGAACAUUUCUGCGGUGAAAUGCCUGCUGCACACUGGUCAUUACAAUGACUACUGAGCAGGAAGGGCUGCUUCAUGUCAGUUUGUGAGAACUCCCACUCUUGCCUGUGGAGAGACCCAGGUGUUUGCAACAUGACGACUUAGUUCUUUCAAAAAGUUCGUUUUUUGUUUUUAAUUUUGAAAUGUGUACAUUUUUGCUAUACCAUCAAUCCAUUUAUUUUGUUAGCGAGACUGAGAAAAACUGAGAUAUUGAGAUGUCAGUUUCCCUUUAAGUCGGGAGUCAGUGCUCAAAGCCUUAAAGAUGAGCAGAAGCAUUUUGAAGUUCUGGGAUCAGCAGAAAACCAGUGCAAGGAAGCUAAAACAAAUCUAAAAUGCAGAAGCAUAGUUUUGAUUAAAAUCUGAACUGCUAAGGUAUGAACAUACUGCAAUUUAGUGUUUGCAUCCAGCAAACUGCAUCAAGUCUGGAAAAGACAAAAACAUGCGGUAAUAGAUUGCAAGAGAUCCAAAAAUUACCCCUUCACAGAUGAUAAAGACUUUCUCAACGUUAUGAACAUGAGCUCUAGAUGCAGGACAUUUGAAUAUUCAAAUUAAUAUUCUUUUAAAAUGGUCACAUCCUCCACCUCGGAUUCACAAAGAGAAUACGGAACCUUAUCUUUUUUCCUCACAAAUGUAUUUGAACAUACGGAUGCGUUGUAGUGGAUAUAGAAUGCUUCUGAAGGAACAAGAUGGGAUGCAAUUAGAAAUGAAGUGUCAAGUUUGAAUGCAAGCAGAAUCUUAACUGAAAUGGUCAAGGACAGUAAGUGGAGGAGGAAAAACUCAAGAUUCAAACCCCUUUUAAAAAUUAAUUGUCUGGUAGUUUGAAAUGCCUGACAGGAAUAUUAUUGCUGUAUUAAGAUGCAUUAGUGAGAGUGCCCCUGCUCACCCACCUAUAUAAAUGAGUGCACAACAUUGUAGCGUAUGUGAACCAGUAAAUUCCUUUGGGCAUUUAAUUUGCUAAUGUCUUCAUCAUAUUCUUAGGUAAAAAAAUUGAAACUCUCCUUUGCUCAUACAUUCCCUGCCAGACUGUGAAGGUAGACUUUAGCCAGCAGGAACCACAGGCUCCACCCUACAGCUUAAAGGUGAGGAAUCGGGUUUCACUGCUCAUUAGCUGAAGGUCUGCACAGCAUAAUUCAUUGUGCUCAUUUUUCUUCCCAGAACAACUCGGAAAACACUUUUCCUGGCUCAUGCAAGGGAAUGGAGAUGCAGAGGAAGAAGGAGCUGUGCUGAUUUAACUGCAGUUGCAGCGUGAUCGAUUUCAUACAUGGGGCAGACAAAGUCGCAGGAGCCUGCUCCAGACUCCAAGCCUGACAUUCUGGGGGAUGUUUUUUGCCAGGGCAUCGUUCAUGCUUCCCAGAAGCUGAAGGAGUACCUCGGGUUCGAGGACCCGCAGAACAGGCUGCAGCCCAGCACGGACACGCUGAACGAGAUCUUCCUCGUCAGCUUCAUCUCGUACUGCGCGGAGAAGGGCGUGGAGGAGCACAUCACCACCAGCACGAUGACCAAGCAACAGCGUCUGCUCUUUGGUGUGGACUGGAUCUGGACCAUUCUUGGGCCGGACAAGAAUGUGAAGAUCCAGUUCCCGGUCCAGACGUCACAGAUGUCUGAUCAAGCACUGAGAAGCCAGAUGCGGGACCCAGAGAAGUGCUAUGGGAAUAUAAAAGAGAUCACACUGGCAGACGCUCUGUACACAAAUAAGAGCAACUACGAAAAGCUGGAGGAGUUCUGUUCGCUGGUGGGUAGGGACUGCGUGGGGAUGUUUAUAGUAUUUGGAGUGCCAGGGAAACCAAAGGACAUUAGAGGAGCUCUGCUGGACAGUGUUAAGAAUAGCAGGAAUAAAAAUUCCCCUCCGGGGGAUGUGAUGGUUAAGGAUUUCUUUCUAAAUACAGAUGAAUUUCUCUCCACCCGUGAGAUGCUGGAACGUUGCUGUAAGAAGAAAAACAGUCUCAAGGACCUGGGCAAUGUUUACAUCAAUUUUCUCUAGUGAAAUUCUCAUGUCCACUGCAUGGGUUAACCGUUUUAUUACCGAAAUGCAAAGCAGCUUAAGGUAAUGCUUAAUUUGAAUUAGUUUUCUUCAACAAUAUUAUAUUAUUGGAAUAUAAUAAUAUAAUAUUGGAAAAGCA